AGAAGAUGUCGCACAAUCGGGACAUCGGCAGUGUGGAGUACAUGAAAAAAAGGAUUCCUCAAAACGCCAAGUAUCAAAAUGUCAAAACAAGGCUGGACACAGGAUGCAGCCUUUCAAAGUAUAUGGAAAAACUGGAGGAGAUUAAAAAAUAUUACAGGUACAGAAAAGACGAAAUCUUCAAACGACUAAAGGUGACGACGUUUGCGCAAUUGCUCCUUCAAGUGGCCUCCGUAUCAGACCUGAAUGGAAGUGAGACUGACGGUGACUCACUUGUCCCAGAAGACGGCCUGUCAGUGAUGUCUGACGCAGACCUGGACAGUCUGUCUGAACACACCAACGACUCCCCGCAGGCGUCAGACCAUCAGGAUGUCAAGGAGAUCUGCUACACCGCCCGGUCAACGCUGUUAAGUGUUAUCAGCGGUGUGGGGGAGCUGAACCUCGACAGGAACAGUCAGAAGAUGACGGGUAUGUCGGUGUCCAGCCCAGACCUGGCUGACAGGCCCUACCCCGACUGCCCCUACCUGCUGCUGGACGUACGGGACCGCGACCAGUUCGACCGCUGUCACAUCGUCAGCGCACACAAUUUCCCCAUCGCCACGUUGUCUCGAACUAUGAACCCAUACACCAAGGAAGUGCUGGAAUAUAAAAAUGCAGCAGGGAAGAUCAUCAUUGUGUACGAUGAGGAUGAGAGGAUAGCCAUUCAGGCAGCCACCACCAUGUGCGAACGAGGCUUUGAAAAUCUAUUUCUGCUUUCCGGAGGUCUCAAGUUAAUCGCUCAGAGAUUUCCGGAGGGAAUGACGACCGGCUCCAUCCCGACCUCGUGCCUGUCAUCUCCUCCAUCAUCGAGGGGAAAGAGGCCGUCCGUUCAGCAGCAAUCGACACAAAUGGCUGAGAAGAGGUGGCGGUUCACGUCAGACGAGCUGGCCAAGAUCCAGGAGCAGCUGGACGAGAUGCUCAUCCCCAGCAACACCAACAGCCGAAUGUCCAGCCGGAUGUCAUCCAGCAGCACCCAGUCCAAAACGUCCAGCGCCCGGAGUCGAAUGAGUUCCUCCACAUCCGGGAGAGGAGACAGCGCCAGGGUUCAGAGCAGCAGACCCUGGAAAUAACAACCUUCCCCCCUCUCUCCCUCCCUCCCUCCCUCCUCUCUCACCCACAUACAUUAGACACACUCAAACAAGCAUACCUCCAACACAGAGUCCAUUCAUUUCAGAUUACAUUCCCCUCUGCUCCAUAACUGAAACGCACCUCAAAAUAGUCUUCCAUGAUACUGCUGUAGAGUCAGAGGUGGACAGGACAAACCAGCAGUUUGAAUACUUAGAGUGACUUUUAAACUUUUUUUUUUUUUCCCAUGUGUGUUCGUGAAGUGACGCAAAAUUGAGAUUAUCAUUAUCAAAAUGACAAUCUGGUUUCUGGCGCCAUCUGUUACACUUUUGCUGUAAAAUUCCUAAAUCGUGAUCAUUUCCGUUCGCUUCUGACCAAUUUUAACGCACUUUGUUGCUGCUGUAUUGAGAGUAGAUUAUCAGUUGCACUCUGACAACACUGAAACAACUAAACUCUGCUUCAUUUUGUAAAUAGAACAUUCAGGCGGAGGACAGGGUUCCUGCAGAGGUUUAAGAGAAAAAAACUGUUAUAUGAUUUUCAAUUUUGGGAACUGAAAAUAAUAGCUGUGAACAUCGUAGGUUUUACUACAAUAACCAAAAUAUUUAAUCUCAGAUUAAGACUAUGAGAUUUGGACAACAGUAUGAAAUUUUCAAAAUGGAAAAU